CAAGAUUCCGGCGCACGUACGUGCCGCCAACCACCCCAUCCCCGCUGUCCCGCCACCAACCGCAACCGGACCCGAGGCCCGCCGCACCACCGUGUCGCGCGGCGCCACCUCCGAUCCCCCUCCAUAAACAACGCAUCGCACACGCCGCGCCGCACCGAUCACUCCCUCACUGCCACUCUCGCUCAUCUCGCACAGAGCACGCGAAGCACAAUGCAGGGCCUCCUGGCCGUCGCCCUCGCCGUCGCCUGCGUGGCGGCGGCUUCCGCGCCUCCCUCCCACGCGCAGGGGCCAGCCGCCGCGGGUGCCGGGGCGGUGCCGUCGUGCGCGGCCAAGCUGGUGCCGUGCGCGGCGUACCUCAACUCCACGUCCGCGCCGCCGCCGGCGUGCUGCGGCCCGCUCAAGGAGGCGGCGGCCAACGAGACGGCGUGCAUGUGCGCCAUGCUCCUCAACAAGGCCGCGCUGCAGCGUUCGGCGUCAAGCCCGAGCAGGGGCUCGGCCUCGCCAAGCGCUGCGGCGUCGCCGCCGACGACUCCACCUGCGCCAAGUCCGCCACCUCCGCCGCCGCCGCCGGUGCAGCAGGUGCAGCCACUGGCAGCGGCACUGCUGCAUCUUCAGCUUCCACUGGCGGCUCUGCUUCUACAGUGACCAAACCAACAGCCAACGGAGGCGCGACGCAUCGCUUGAGCUUGACCGGAGCGUCGGCCUUGGUAGGCUUCAGCUUCAUCUGGUACACCAUCAUGGUCUGAUAGGAGUUACCGAGCUGCUUCAAAUUUUCCUGGAGCAGUAUUUGAGUACCUAGCAUGCAUAGUACCGGCACAAUUCUUUGGUGGAUUUUGGACCUGUGUAAUGUUGUUCUACAUGUGCUUACCAUCUGGCUAUUGUUUCAUUUCGCAUACCGUGUGAUACCUUUGUUGUUCUGCGCAAAACAAGAGAAGUAUUAAGGAGAAUGGGAACAGCGACAAACAUCUUUAAAAUCUUCUUCAA